UAACACGUCGUUUUUUUUUUUUUUUAUCUCUCUGCUACGAUGCAAUUUUUCAGAAAACACUAUGGGCACAAACGAGGCUGUCAUAGAUUCCGACGCCUGGUUCCUUUCACUGGGAUUCAUUGCUUCGAUCGUGGUGGCGUUAUGUAGUUAUGGAUUCAAGGUGGUCUCGGUGAUCGUCGCUGCUCUUGCGGGCACUAACCUGUACCUGCGCUGGACCAAGGGCAUUUACAAUGGCAUGAAUCGGAUGGACGGCAAGACCGUCAUAGUUACAGGAGGCAAUGCAGGGAUCGGCAAAGAGACAGCCAAGGAACUCGCGCGGCGAGGCGCCCGCGUCAUCCUGGCUUGCCGCAGCACUGCCAAAGGCCAGCGGGCAGCCGAGGACAUCCUGGCGGAGACCGGCUGCUCCGUCGUCGUGCGCCAGCUCGACCUGUGCUCGCUCAAGUCGGUGCGCCAGUUUGCCGAUGACAUCGUUUGCAAUGAGCGGCGGCUCGACGUACUCAUCAACAAUGCCGGAAUUUUUCCAGGUACGCACAACAAAAAUUAUCUGCACUCCCUAAACUGGGCAAACACUUGUGCUUUAUUCACAGACAGGAUGCAGCUUACCGACGACGGCUAUGAAGAAUGCUUCCAAGCAAACUACUUGGGCCACUUCCUCCUGACACUUCUACUUACAGAUCUGCUCAAGAAAAGCGCCCCGAGCCGCGUGGUGAACCUGACGUCGGGCCUGCACCACCUGGGGCACACGCAGCGGCUAGAGGAACGUGCUAGGGGCACGCACCCCUGGGUGACGCCCACGCUCGCCUACAGCGACUCCAAGAUGGCCAUGGUCUGCUUCACGAGAACCCUGGCGCACAAGCUCAAGACACAUGGCGUGACGGUGAACGUGGUACAUCCGGGCAUUGUCAAGACCACAAUCGCUGACAGGGAAUCGUUGAUGGCGCUCUUUCUUCGCUUCCUCUACAACACCGUUGGAAAAACGCCCUGGGAGGGAGCCCAGACCGUCUUGUACGCGGCUGUGGACGACCGGUUCUUGGAAAGCACUGGCAAGUACCUAGUCGACUGCAAGGACGAUUGGGUCAACUGGAGGGCCCUGGACAAGCGCGAGGCUAGCCGGGCUUUCGAGACGUCCGUCCGGCUCGUCGGCAUGGAGCUCGACCAAGUUCAGAAGCUAUUCUGAUACGCCCACGUCCGCGCGCGUAUGUUUCUUUCUCAGACUAAAGGCGAAGAACAGACGCCUUCCAUUUCUGCUGAAUCUGUCGCUCGUCCUCUGAGCACGGCUGCGUACGAAUCAACACGCAUUUCGUUUAUUUGGUCUCGUCAUCUGUUUUAGCGGAUGGCUCGGCAUCAAGCCCACACUGGCAGUCACACAUCAGCAGCAGGACGUGUGCGACAGUGCUGCGAAAUCGCCUCUGUCUACUGGAGUUAUUAAAGGAGAUAAACAGCAUUUGUUGAAUGAUGUUGUCUCGGCACACAUCGAACGUUCGCUUGCCUUCCUUGUCAGCGGCCCUACGUCAUGCCAUGCUUGUGACACAGGGUGCCAACGAGGAGCUUUUUUAUAAAAGGCUCUGGCAACGGGGGUUUCCUCAAUAAAAAUAUUUA